CUGCGGGUCCAGUCGUCGGAGGGCACGACCCGCGUGGAGAUGCUGGACACGGAGGUCACGUCGCGCCUCUACGAGCGAGUCCACGACACUCUGAACUUGAACUCAUUCGGCUUCGCUUUACACAAGGACCGCGCGCGGAAACAAGAAAUUUCAUCUAGUAAAUCUCGCCAACUCCGAGAGUUCGGGCUGCAACAUGGAGACAUGCUCUACUUGAGUCCUGUCAAUGGAACAGUUCUCUUUGACCAGCCUUCCACUAGUUCUGAGCCACUCAACAAGCCUUUGACAGAGCAUUCAACGGAGGCAGGUCCUUCCACAGUGACUCCCUCAAAUGCUGUCAGUAAGGGUCCAAUAGAACAUGAGGUAGACUUACAACUGUACCGUCUCUCAGGCAGCAUACAUCGACAGAGAGAUGAAAAAUUAUGUCGUCACAAUUCCAAAGGCUGUUGUGUGCACUGUUCGGCCCUGGAGCCCUGGGACGAGGGCUACCUCAAGGAGCACAACAUCAAGCACAUGUCAUUCCACGCAUACCUCCGCAAGAUGACUUCUGGCAAGUUCAUCACACUGGAUGAACUGUCAUGUAAAAUAAAGCCAGGCUGCAAGGAGCACCCUCCGUGGCCGCGCGGCAUCUGCUCGUCGUGUCAGCCGGGCGCCGUGACCCUCACGAGGCAGCCCUACCGCCACGUGGACAACGUGCUGCUGGAGCACGCGGCGCCCGUGGAGCGCUUCCUGUCCUACUGGCGCGCCACGGGCCACCAGCGCGUCGGCUUCCUGUACGGCCGCUACGAGCUGCACCCCGACGUGCCGCUGGGUAUCCGCGCGCGCGUCGCCGCCGUGUACGAGCCGCCACAGGAGUGUAGCCGGGACGCUGUGCGCCUGGCGCCGGACGACCACGCCGCGCUCCUGGACCGCCUCGCCGCCCGCCUCGGCCUGGAACGUGUAGGCUGGAUCUUCACCGACCUGCUGCCGUUGGAUCUAGUCAGCGGCACCGUGCAGUGUCUGAGGGGUGUGGACACACACUUCCUCUCCGCUCAGGAGUGCAUCACGGCGGGACAUUUCCAGAACGAGCAUCCGAACGCGUGUAGGCACGCGUCCUCCGGAUACUUUGGCUCCAAAUUCGUGACGGUGUGCGUGACGGGCGACGCGGACAACCACAUCCACCUGGAGGGCUACCAGGUGUCGGGUCAGUGCGCGGCGCUGGUGAGGGACGGCAUCCUGCUGCCCACCAGGGACGCGCCCGAGCUGGGCUACAUACGGGACUGCUCGCCGGAACAAUACGUGCCGGAUGUGUACUAUAAGGAGAAGGACGCGUACGGCAACGAAGUAGGCGUGUCGGCGAAGAGGCUGCCGGUGGCCUACCUGCUGGUGGACGUGCCGGUGGGCGUGGCGCCCGCGGCCGGCCAGCCGACCUUCGACCCGCGCGCGACCUUCCCACCCGCGCACCGGCCCCUGCAGCAGCACGUGCAGUCCCUGGCCGCGCUGCACGCGCACCUCGAGCGCUCCGAGUCGUUCCUGGCCGCGGUGGCCGACCUGCACGUGCUGCUGUUCCUGGCCACCAACGACGCGGCGCCGCUCACCGUGGACCAGCUGGCGCCGCUGCUGGACGCCGUGCGGCGCCGCGACGCGCCCGCCGCCGAGGCCUGGCGCUCCACCCCCGCCGCCGCCGCGCUGCUGGCCCGAGCCGCCGCCGCCGCCGCGCCCGCUGCCGCUCCCGGCUCCCAGCUGUGGACCUGUCCUCUGUGCACGUUCCAUAACGCCGCGCCGCUGGACGCCUGUGAGAUGUGCGCGAUGCCCAGGAACGCCAUGUAA